CCUUUUCCCACACCCGCCCGUUCCAGAUUCCCCUGGGACGCAAAGCAAGCGCUCCACAUUGUAGCUAUGGUAGCAUAGCACUAGCUAGCUAAGCUUGUAUUUGCGAGCAGCCGACAUGGAAAGCAGCGAGGGAAUGGAGGUGGAUGGCUGGGACUCCAGUCUGGAGGAAGAGUUGGGCAUUUCUCUGGAUGAGCUGAAGAAGUGGAUCGACGAGGCCGUGGAGAAGAGCGAGAUCGUGCAAAAGAAAAAGGCUCAGCUGACAGAGCUCAAGGAAUGGGUGGAGCAGAAAGAAGAAGAGGAGGCGAAGACGGACAUGCUUCUCAACGAUGCCAACUUGUCCUUAUUGGAGUGUGAGAAGCUCGUGAAGGAAACUUAUCAUAAGAAUGGCCUCGUUUACCGAGAGAGCAGCUCAGAGGAUGAGGGGGGCGGAGGAAGCGUGGUGUCCUCUGAGGUCAUUGAGAUAGACGAUGAUGACGACGAUGAUGUGAUUGCUGUUGGCUGUUUGGUUCCUCCAAAGACGCCUGUCACUCCUGUCAAAGACUCAGUGUUAAAAGCCUCCACAGUGCUGCAGAAAACCACCCAGCAAGUGCAGAAGUUAGUCCAAAUGGUCAACAAGCCUUCACAAGGUGCUCCAUUGCUUCGAUCUCCAUCACAGACUCUGUCCCAGUCAGGUAUUCAGGGUUCAGUGCCAGCAGUGUUUGUGUCCCAGGUUCCGUCUCAGUCGAUGACCCAGCCCAAUCCAAACAUGGCAGAAGAUGAGCUCAGAGUCGGGAUGACCAUUCUGGGAAAGAAACGCACCAAGACCUGGCACAAAGGCGCCCUCGUAGCUAUCAGCCCUAUCGGAAACGGUUUAUACAAGUAUAAAGUGAAGUUUGAUAAAGGGAAGAGUCUGCUGUCUGGCAAUCAUGUGGCCUUCGAGUAUAACCCCACGCUGGAGAUUCUGUAUGUCGGGGCUCGUGUAGUUGCCAAGUACAAGGAUGGCAACCUGGUGUGGCUCUAUGCUGGAAUAGUAGCAGAGAUGCCCAAUAACAAGAACCGUAUGAGGUUUUUGAUUUUCUUUGACGAUGGCUAUGCUUCUUAUGUGACACUACCUGAGCUCCACCCAGUUUGCCGCCCAUUAAAGCGUACCUGGGAGGACAUAGAAGAUGCAUCGUGUCGAGACUUCAUCGAGGAGUACAUCACCGCGUAUCCCAGCAGGCCUAUGGUGCUCCUGAAGGUUGGGCAGAUAAUCAAGACAGAGUGGGAGGGAACCUGGUGGAAGAGCAAAGUGGAGGAGGUUGAUGGAAGCUUAGUCAAGAUCCUCUUUUUGGAUGACAAAAGGAGUGAGUGGAUCUAUAGAGGCUCCACCAGGUUGGAGCCAAUGUUCAACCUGAAGAUGACCACAGCCAACACCCAGGAGAAGAAGCUAGCUGGCCAGCAGAGGACACGACCUAACAUGGGGGCGUUGAGGAGUAAAGGCCCAGUGGUUCAGUACACCAGUGACGGACUUGUUGGAGCCUCUCCUGUCAAAACUCCACAGGCCUCGCCCUCACAGACACCGCAGCAACAACUGCGUCCUCAGUCCGGACAAUCCCAACAAACCCAACAAAUCCAACAAAUCCAACAAACCCAACAAAUCCAACAAACGCAACAAACCCAACAGAGCCUUCAGUCUUCUCAGACUCAACGUAUUGACAACAAACAUCAGAUGGCAAAGAAGAGUACUUCUCCGUUUGUCCCUGGGGUGGGAGGCACUCAUGCCUCUAAAAUGAUGCAAUCUCUUACCUCCAGUCCCAGCAACCUCACUGGUGUAAGGAUCUUGAGUGGCCAAAAUACUGGUUCGCCCACUUUCGCACAGCCAUAUCAGAGACUGAUGCCCACUAUGGCUCCCAUCCCCCCUCCUAUGACCCACACGAUGGCCACCAUCCCUCAUCAGCCUGCGUACCGUGCCCCAACAGACCGCAUCUUCUACCUGGCACACACCUGUCAGCCCGCGUGUCUGAAUCGCGUCAGACCAGCAAAACCAGACAUGCACAGAGGAAAGAACCCCCUCCUAACACCUCUACUGUACGAUUUCAGACGCAUGACCGGACGACGCAAAGUCAACCGCAAGAUGUCCUUCCAUGUGAUCUACAAGGCUCCGUGUGGGCUUUGCCUGCGUAACAUGGCAGAGAUCCAACACUACCUCUUCCAGACGCGCUGUGACUUUAUAUUCUUAGAGAUGUUCUGCCUAGACCCCUACGUGCUCGUGGACCGACCCUUCCAGCCACAGAGGCCGUUCUAUUACAUUCCCGACAUCACCAUUGGAAAGGAGGACAUCCCACUCUCCUGCGUCAACGAGAUCGAUUCCACCCCGCCUCCUAAAGUAGCGUACAGUAAGGAGCGUAUUCCUGAAGACGGAGUAUACAUCAACACUAGUCCAGAGUUCCUGGUGGGGUGUGAUUGCACAGACGGCUGUCGAGACAAGUCCAAAUGCUCCUGCCACCAGCUGACCCUUCAGGCCACAGGUUGCACACCAGGGGCACAGAUCAACCCAAAUGCUGGAUAUUUGCACAAACGAUUAGAGGAGUGCCUCCCCACAGGGAUCUAUGAGUGUAAUAAGAGGUGCAAAUGUUGUGCUAAGAUGUGCACCAACCGGUUAGUGCAGCACGGCCUGCAGGUGCGUCUCCAGCUCUUCAAGACCCAGAACAAAGGCUGGGGCAUCCGCUGUCUGGAUGAUGUGGCCAAAGGUUCUUUUGUCUGCAUCUAUGCUGGUAAAAUCUUGACAGACGACUUUGCCGACAAAGAAGGUCUAGAGAUGGGCGACGAGUAUUUUGCCAAUCUGGACCAUAUAGAGAGUGUGGAGAACUUCAAGGAGGGCUAUGAGAGCGAGGCUCACUGUUCGGACAGCGAGGGGAGCGGUGUGGACAUGUCGAGGAUAAAAAUCCAGCCAUCUGCUUUAGCUUCUAACCCUGUGGGGAGACCGCCCAGAAAGGGUGAGUCCAAGUCCAAAGCCCAAACCCCAAGCUCAUCAGGAGACAGCAAUGACGACGACGACAAGGAUUCAAAGAGCGAAGACGAAAGCGACAGUUCAGACGACACGUUUGUGAAGGAGAACUACAUCAGCUCCAGCUCCGUGUGGAGGAGUUACACCACACGUGGUCAGGUCAAGGGCAACAAGGAAGGGAGUCAAGACAGUAAAGAUGGAUUGAGCCUGUCAGCCAGAGGACCUGAUGAUGACAAGCCGCCAUCAAUGCCAGAGGAGACGGGGAAAAGCAAAGUGGCUUCCUGGCUCACCAGCCAGAGCCUGAAGAAGGAUUCUGGAGACAGCAAGAGUCAAACGAAGUCAGAAUCAGGGAAGAAGCAGGAUGUCAUGACUCUCUCUGACAGUGAUGAUGUUCAGACCAUCAGCUCCGGAUCUGACGACAACAAGGAGAGAGAGAAAGUUCACACGGGUGUGACGAAGAAGCAGGUCGCAGUGAAAUCUACACGUGGCAUCGCCCUGAAGACCGGCCAUGGGAUGAUGGUGAAAACGGGUGCAUCUGGAGGCGGGGGAGGGCCGGGGGGUCAGGGAGGGAAAGCAGGACAGCAGGGACAGACUGGAGGAAGCGGGGAGAACACUCCUAAAAACACCCGCCUGUUCUUUGAUGGUGAAGAAUCCUGCUACAUCAUUGAUGCCAAGUUGGAAGGAAACCUCGGGCGUUACCUCAAUCACAGCUGUAGUCCCAACCUUUUCGUCCAGAAUGUGUUUGUGGACACACAUGACUUGCGGUUUCCCUGGGUGGCGUUCUUUGCCAGCAAGCGGAUCCGUGCCGGCACAGAGCUGACCUGGGACUACAACUACGAGGUGGGCAGUGUGGAGGGGAAGGUGCUGCUCUGCUGCUGUGGAUCCACUGAGUGCAGAGGACGGCUCCUGUGAUCUGUCACCAUCAUGGACUUCACUGCCUCUUCUAUAUAUGUAGGAAACUUAGAGGAACCCCUUCAACACUGUACCUUUGUGUGUAUGUAUGCGUGUUUUGUUUUUUUUGUUUUUUUGUUUUUUUAAGUUGAACCAUAAAUUUUACUACAGCUCUUUUGUUGCCUUUUAUUUUAUAUGACCAUGUUCCCUGAUUUGUCUCAUUUUAUCCAUGAUGGGUUUUUUUUUCUUUACAUCUGAAUAAAUGAAUUUUUCUUCAAUGA